AUGGAGUUGAACCACAGUAUGACCAAGCAGAACAUGUGGAGAGAGGAAGCAACGUCCCCUUCUCCACCAAGGUCUGAGGGAAACCUCAGCUCCGUUCUGGAAGUCUCUCCCCAGCAAGGGCCGACGAACUCUCUGAAGUCUAAUGCCAGUUUAAGCGAGGAGGUAGGAGCAGAGAGUAUCCCUAAGGUAGAACCCUACAACUACAUCAUCAAUGAAGAAGACAAGUGUCAGGAAAGGAAUCCUUUCUUAGUGCUGCUGAUUACCACUGAACCCCAGAAUAUUCAAGCCAGGGAUGCCAUUAGGCAGACGUGGGGGAAUGAGGGCAUGGCUGGAGGCUUGGGGUUUGUACGGCUCUUCCUUUUGGGCAUGACAGAAGGACUUACCAGCCAACUGCAGCGCUCCAUAGAGGCAGAGUCUCAACAGUAUCAUGACAUUAUCCAGCAAAAUUACAUAGACUCAUAUUACAACCUUUCCAUCAAGACACUAAUGGGAAUGCGCUGGAUAACAACAUACUGCUCGGGAGCCAGUUAUGUCAUGAAGACAGACAGUGACAUGUUUGUCAAUACUGAAUACCUCAUUCAAAAACUUCUCAAUCCCAGCCUUCCGCAAAAACGAAAGUAUUUCACUGGAUAUCUCCUGCGUGGCGAGCGCCCACAUAGAAACAAAGACAGUAAGUGGUACAUGUCGCCGGAGAUGUACCCCGGCAACCUGUACCCUACUUUUUGCUCGGGAACUGGGUACGUCUUCUCGGGCGACCUGGCAGAGCUGAUAUAUAGGGCUUCUCUCAGCAUACGAAUGCUGCACCUUGAGGAUGUUUAUGUAGCACUCUGCUUAGCAAAACUGAGAAUAGAAUCAGUGCCACCGCCCGGCAAAUCCCUGUUCAAUGCCAAGCGGGUACCAUACUCCAGCUGCAAAUACAGAAAUCUGAUAACCUCUCAUGGGUUCCUUCCCACUGAGAUAAUAAAGUACUGGCACGACCUACAGAGCAACAAGCACAAUGCCUGUGACAAUACAGAGUAAAGCGUCAAAAUUCACAGACCUCGCCAAAGACAACUAGAACUGGAACAACUCUGGAAACGUUUUACUGGGCGACCCGCUUUAACGUGGGAACAGAGGUGGUCUAGACGUUUUGCCAAAUAGAAGUUUCAUAAGUACAGGAAUGAGAGGAAAGUAACCGUUCUCCAACAAAUAACUUCACUAACAAGAAUCAACGUAAAGUUAUA